AUGGCUACAAAUCGUGGCAAACAAAUUGCACAAAUUGAAAUCCGUGACGAUGACAACGAAGAAGUUAGAGCCGACUACUUUGAGAUUAAUGCACCUGAUCAAUUUUUAACUGUCAAUAAUGAUGAUUGUGAGUUAAAAGUUGGUAUGUUAGCGUUUAGUGAAGAUGAGACAUUUAACAUGUACAACAAAUAUGCAUACAAUAAAGGUUUUAGCAUUCGAAAGGGGCAUAAGAGCUUUUCAAGAAACACAG